GCAACCUGCUUUCAUCAUAAUAUCAAAAUAUCAUAUCAAUUGCAUGUUCUCUAACUUCUUAACCAAUGAAUUCCUACCCAUGUCUUGUAAUGAAAAAAAAUAGCACUAAAUUAACCACUAAUUUCAUCAUACCAGAGAUUUGAUUGAUCUUUCACAGAAAAAAAAAAUUAGACAUCAAUGGAGCAAAAAGGCAAACAUAAAGAAGAAACAUUUUUGCAGCACCCAGUUUUGUUCAUCGUUGUGUUGGUUUUCGGUUUCGUUUUGAUGGAUCCUUUCGAAAUCGGUCCGGUCGGUGGGAUCGAGUUUAGGCCUGUGAAACAUGACAUUGCACCAUACAAGGAAGUGAUGGCAAGUUGGCCAAGAGACAAUAAAAGCCGGUUGGGAAAUGGGAAACUCGAGUUUGUCGACGAAGUGUUCGGUCCCGAAUCGUUGGAGUUUGAUGGAUUCGGCCGUGGACCUUACACUGGAUUAGCCGAUGGGCGUAUUGUUCGAUGGAUGGGUGAGGAUAUCGGAUGGGAGACAUUUGCCAUUGUUACAUCAAACUGGUCAGAGAAGUUAUGUGCUAGAGGUGUGGACUCAACAACAUCAAAGCAAUGGAAACAUGAGAAAUGGUGUGGUAGACCAUUAGGCCUAAGGUUCAACAAAGACGGUGGAGAUUUGUACAUUGCUGAUGCCUAUUACGGAUUGCUCGUGGUUGGACCGGGAGGCGGACUCGCCACACCAUUAGCGACUCAUGUCGAAGGGAAGCAAAUACUGUUUGCUAAUGAUCUGGAUAUCCAUAAAAAUGGUUCAAUCUUUUUUACUGACACUAGUAGAAAGUACAACAGAGUGUAUCAUUUCUUCAUAUUGUUAGAAGGCGAAACGACCGGAAGGAUUCUCAGAUAUGAUCCUCCAACAAAGACAACUCAUGUAGUUUUGGAUGGUUUAGCUUUUCCAAAUGGAAUUCAGUUAUCUAAGGACCAGAGUUUCCUUUUAUUCACUGAGACUAGCAAUUGCAGGCUAAUGAAAUACUGGGUUGAAGGUCCAAGAGCAGGGACAACGGAACUGGUUGCACAUUUGCCUGGUUUUCCAGACAACGUAAGAAUAAACGACAGAGGUCAAUUCUGGGUAGCCAUAGAUUGUUGUAGAACACAAGCACAAGAGAUCCUGGUUCAUAACCCAUGGAUGAGGAGUUUAUACUUCAGAUUACCCAUUAAAAUGAAGAUUUUAGCAAGAAUUAUGGGGAUGAAGAUGUACACCGUAAUCUCGCUUUUCGACGAAAAUGGAGAAAUUGUCGAAGUACUUGAAGAUCGAAAAGGUGUGGUGAUGAAGUUGGUGAGUGAAGUUAGAGAAGUUGAAGGGAAACUGUGGAUUGGAACUGUGGCUCAUAAUCACAUUGCUACUUUGUCUUACCCUUAAAAUCUCUUUCAUCUCAUUUUACAUGCCAUUUCUCUUAUAUAUUAUGUUUGUCUUAAACUCUUAUAACUAUGUGUUCUAUAGCCAUCUUUUCCUUCGAUUAUGAACUUUUUAA